AUGCUUAGGGGCGUGGAAGAGCUUGCUGAUGCAGUUAAAGUGACUAUGGGCCCAAAGGGCCGUAAUGUGGUGAUUGAACAAAGCUGGGGUGCUCCCAAAGUGACAAAAGAUGGUGUAACUGUUGCAAAGAGCAUUGAAUUCAAGGACAAAAUAAUGAAUAUUGGUGCAAGCCUUGUGAAACAGGUAGCAAAUGCUACCAAUGAUGUGGCUGGUGAUGGUACUACUUGUGCUACAAUCCUUACCCGUGCGAUAUUAACUGAAGGUUGCAAGUCAGUGGCAGCAGGUAUGAAUGCAAUGGACCUCAGACGCGGUAUCACCAUGGCUGUUGAUGCUGUGGUAGCAAACUUGAAGAGCAGAGCUCGGAUGAUCAGCACAUCAGAAGAAAUAGCGCAGGUUGGUACAAUAUCUGCAAACGGAGAUAGAGAAAUCGGCGAGCUGAUUGCAAAGGCUAUGGAGAAAGUUGGCAAAGAGGGAGUUAUCACAAUUCAAGAUGGAAAGACUUUGUAUAACGAAUUGGAAGUUGUUGAAGGAAUUAAGUUGGACAGGGGCUACAUAUCCCCAUAUUUUAUCACCAACCAGAAGAACCAGAAAUGCGAAUUGGAUGACCCUCUCAUUCUGAUCCAUGAGAAGAAAAUCUCAAGUAUAACUGCUAUUGUUAAAGUACUGGAGUUGGCAUUGAAGAGACAAAGGCCUCUCCUAAUUGUAGCGGAAGAUGUGGAAAGUGAUGCCCUUGCAACUCUAAUUCUUAAUAAGCUUCGUGCUGGAAUCAAGGUUUGUGCCAUAAAAGCUCCAGGCUUUGGAGAAAAUAGGAAGGCCAGUCUACAGGAUCUUGCUGUUCUUACGGGAGGCCAACUUAUAACUGAGGAACUUGGUAUGAACCUCGAUAAUGUGGAGUUGGAUAUGCUUGGCACCUGUAAAAAGGCCACAAUAUCCAAGGAUGACACUAUUGUUCUUGAUGGCGCUGCUGAUAAGAAGGCCUUAGAGGAAAGAUGUGAACAGAUAAGGUCAACAAUCGAAUUGAGCACCUCUGAUUAUGACAAGGAGAAGUUGCAAGAAAGAUUGGCUAAGCUUUCAGGUGGUGUCGCUGUGUUGAAGAUUGGAGGAGCUAGUGAGGCUGAAGUUGGUGAAAAGAAGGAUAGAGUUACAGAUGCUCUAAAUGCCACUAAGGCAGCUGUAGAGGAAGGAAUUGUACCAGGUAAUUUUGUUUUAAAUUUAUUGUCCUGCAUAAUCUUUGGGAAUUAGCAGAUAGGCGAUGAGUUCUUUGGAUGCAGGUGGUGGUGUUGCCAUUCUAUAUGCAUCAAAAGAAUUGGAAAAGCUGCCAACAGCCAACUUUGAUCUGAAGAUAGGUGUUCAAAUUAUUCAGAAUGCCCUAAAGGUUUGAAAUUCACUCUAGAACUAGCAUAUUAAGGUGCUUGUAGUUUGUGGAAAUCUGAACACACUUUUGGAUUCUUAGUGCCUCAAUGAUUGUGUUGCAUAAUUGUGAAAAACUCCCCCUAGCACUCGUAUCUCUUGUAUUUUGUAAUUGCAGACACCAGUUCAUACAAUUGCCUCCAAUGCUGGGGUAGAGGGGGCUGUUGUUGUUGGCAAGCUGUUGGAGCAGGAUGACCCUGAUCACGGUUACGAUGCAGCCAAAGGUGAAUAUGUUGAUAUGGUUAAAACCGGAAUUAUCGACCCACUAAAAGUAAUAAGAACAGCCUUGGUUGAUGCAGCAAGUGUGGCAUCUCUAAUGACAACCACUGAAGCUGUCGUGGUUGAAAUACCGAAGGAUGAGAAGGAAGCUCCAGCAAUGGGUGGUGGUAUGGGUGGCAUGGAUUAUUGAUGGUGCUGAUCCAAAUUCCUGACAUACAUUUUUAACCACACGAAAUAAACAUUAGGGUUUUACUCAUUUGAUGAGUUAUUUGUGGGAGUGAAGGCAUUGCAGGGAAAGAUCAGAAUGUUGACGUUUUGAUGAUGUAGGAGAAAAGAAGGGAUUGCCAGUCAUCCCUUUUAAGUAUUGAAUUUUGUCUUUCCAGCAUAAUUGGAGAUUUAUCAAUACCUCUUUUUUGCAUGAUUGGCAAUUGAGUGACAGACCCUUCAUCUUUCUCUCUGCACCCGUUUGCAAACUAUUCGAUCUGUUUUUGAUAUGAUGCUCAUUUUUUUUCCUCAAAU